AAUAAACACACUGCAAACUGUCAUUCGGCGCGUGUGCCCCAGCACAUUGUUUACAAGUUACCGUAGGAAAAUUAUUACACCAAAAUGUUACGCACGUUUCUCGUGACCACAAGAAUACUUGGAAAACCAAACUUUUCGGCCACUUCCGGGUCGAUUUUGGUUCGACAUCUUUGCCCUUCGAGUGUAUUAUGGAAACAGUACGCAAAUCUUCCGCACAGCCAAGAGCUACCGGAACGAAAAAGUGAUCGGAAAGAAGCGAACGGCAGGCGUAGCAGCCCUAUCUCCUCCACCACACCACCGGUCACAGUCGAUGUGGAAAAGCGUAGAAAAGUGCUCGAGCUGGAAAUAGAGGUGAUGCGCCAAGAGGGCAGAAAGGUGCCGUCCGUUUCGACGAUCAAACCUGACCAAUGGGAACAUCUCUUGGGCCUAUCGUCCCGAAAUCAACGACGCCAUUACUAUCUAUACCUGUGGAACAUUGAGAUGGUUCGCUUGGGGAAGCAGAUGAAGAAAGAGCGCAAGCAGGAAGAGAUAGCCAAACGGCGCGAGGAACUGUUGAAGGCGAACGCGGAAAACGAUCACAUUGUUUACGGGCUCUUUCACAACACCAUGUUCCUGCGGAUAUACGAUUCGACGAUGGAUCACUUUCACAACAACCGACUCGUUCAAGCGAUACGUUACGGGAUCAAUCUCGUGAUCGACUGCUCGUACGACGAUUACAUGAACGAUAAGGAGAUGCGUAAUACGGCCAAGCAGCUAAUGCUGUGCUUUGCCCUGAACCGAUCCCACACGGAACCGUUCAACAUUCACCACUGCAAUGCCAACUUCAACAAAACGACGAUGAAACAGCUGGAAAAGCAUCUGGUGCAGUUGCACCAACCGGAAUUUCCGUUUAACGUUACCGAGCGUAGCUAUACGGAUCUGUUCCCCAAGGAACGGCUCGUCUACCUCACGCCCCACUGCAAGAACGAUCUCACCGAGUUCAAUCCGGAUGAUGUGUACAUCAUCGGUGCGAUGGUGGACAAAUCGUCCCAGGAACCCGUUUCGUUGGGUAAGGCGAAGAAGCAAGGCCUGCGCAUGGCACGGCUACCGCUCGACAGCUAUUUUCAGUUCAAAAGCGGCAAAUCACUGACGCUCGAUCAGAUGGUGGCGAUCAUGCUGGAGCUGAAGACGAGCAACGAUUUCGGAAAGGCGUUCCAGCACGUACCACGACGGAAGGUGACGACGUUGGAUGAGGCAGCGGAGAGAGAGCAGGAAAUGCGCCAAGCUGCCAAGUUCAAGUUCGACUUCAAGCUGACCGGUGAUAAGCGAAACAGCAAAAAACCACCGCGCUAGACGCGUGCUCUUCGUACAGGUUGCCGUGAUUCGGCGUGUGUAACACACUAUAUUGUUGAGUAAGAUUAAACGUUAGUCCCUAGCCCUGGGAGCGAAUAAUGCUCGGCAGGGUAGCUCCCCUA